AGGAGGAGGAGGAGGAGGAGGAGGAGAUGAAGAAGAAGAGGAAAAAGAAGUUCUGGAGGCUGCCCUCUUUCCUCAAAGCUGCCAGAAAACACCUCAAGGUGAUCCGACCGAGUCAGACUGAGGUGCAGCUUAUUGAGUCACCAUCGCCAGCCAGCAGCGCUGAUGAUGACAUUAUGUGCCGCUAUGAGCUCGGUGAUCGUCUGGGGGUAGGCGGGUUUGGAGUCGUUCAUGAAGCGAGUCGUGUGGAGGAUGGCCUUAAGGUGGCAUUGAAAGACGUCAUGAAGACGCACGACAUGGAAUAUCUAACUAUUCCUGGUCAUCCAAACCCCCUACCAGUGGAGAUCGCCCUUACACUCUUGGCCAACAAGGGACCCAGCGCACCAGAGAUUAUAAAGCUGCUGGACUGGCAGGACCAACGGGACAACUAUGUCAUGGUCCUCGAGUGUCCGUCACCGUGCGAGAACUUAGUCAGUUUCUUGGAGGGCCAUGGAGGAAGACUCGAUGAAGGUUUAGUUCGACACAUCAUGCGGCAGGCAACGCGGGCGGCUCGCACGUGUUGUCGCCGUGGGGUAUUCCAUGGAGACAUAAAGUUGGAAAACUUCAUUGUGAGCAAGGACACGCUGCAGGUCAAGUUGAUUGACUUUGGGUGUGGGGACCUCAUGAGAAAGUCUGCCUACACGACAUUGUAUGGCACCAUGGAGUACUACCCUCCUGAGUACAGGGCUAAGGGCAAGUACCAUGCUAAGUCUGCAAUGUCGUGGUCUCUUGGGGUCAUCUUGUUCACAAUGCUGUGCGGCCGUUUUCCAACUGGCAAUGACCUGCAGAAGACCGAACUAAACCUUUGGUCAGAGCCUGGACUGUCAAAGGACUGCUGCCGUUUGAUCUGUAGUCUCCUGCAGCAUAAAACUAAGCGACGACUCGGUCUGGGGAAGAUCCUUCAACAUGACUGGUUUCAGGUCUCCAUAUAAGUCGUGGCGAAAAGGAGAUUCAACCCCCGACAUUUCCCAGUCUCCUGUCAGCUUUGCAUCUUGACGGCUGGCAGGAAGACUGUUCAUUCCUCUGUGAAUCCUCUGCAUCUUGCAUGGUUGCAUCUUAUGCUAUGGUCUGAAGCAGCAGUAUUGCAUCUGCCAUUACCGCUUGCUUGGGGAUGUGUAUAUAUGUAUAUAGUUUUUUCUCUGAGCCUGCAUGGUCUAAAGGUUAGAUCUUCAUUUUUAAAAAAAAUACAUCUUAUUCCAAUCACAGUGCAUUUGUUCUUCCAGAGUAGACCUCACAUAUAGAUAGCGCAAAUGUAAAAGCUGCAGGUCAUAAUCAGAUGUCUUUCCCAUGUUUCUGCACAGAAUGCUGCUGAACCAGAGGUUCCUGCCAUGGACAGCUUAAAGGCAUGUAAUGCGCUUCCUCAUCUCAGAGCUCCACUCUACUGGUUCCUCAGUGGUUCCUCUCAUGGCUACCCACAAGUCCAAAGUUUGAUGUCCCAGAGGUUCCUUCUACGGUGCUCCAGGUCUCUCAGUCUUGCUGCUCUGGUACCAGAACUUCCUGUAGUGGCUACUGUUCUUCAACUCCUUGUCAUGACUGCACGUUCUCAAAAAUUUCCCUGGAUAAUGAGGUCCCUGCAAAGUCAGCUGGGUCCCAGAAGUUCUAGCACUGGCCACUCAGAGAGGUUCAUGCCAUGGUCCAGUCUCAGAUGUUCUUCUCAUGGUUGUCUCAGAUGCACUGCUCUAUGUGA